AUACCGACCAGCAGAACUAUAAAUUGACGACGACAUUUGUUAUCAGUUUCAUUUAUUCGGUCAAUUGUCGUCCGCAUCACAGUGUUCGACUGGUCAAAAUCGAGUUUUAAAUUCAAUUUUUCUUUUUUGUUCAUCUCGUUGUUGAGAAGUUUUCGAUUUUAAUACGUCAAGAUGUGUGAUGAUGAUGCCGGAGCUCUUGUCUUUGACAAUGGAAGCGGUAUGUGCAAGGCUGGAUUCGCUGGUGAUGAUGCGCCACGUGCCGUGUUCCCAUCGAUUGUCGGUCGUCCACGUCAUCAGGGUGUGAUGGUUGGUAUGGGUCAAAAGGAUUGCUAUGUCGGCGAUGAGGCUCAAAGCAAACGUGGUAUUCUAACACUUAAAUACCCAAUCGAACAUGGUAUCAUCACCAAUUGGGAUGACAUGGAAAAGAUUUGGCAUCAUUCAUUUUACAAUGAAUUGCGUGUGGCGCCCGAAGAGCAUCCAAUUUUGUUGACUGAGGCACCAUUGAAUCCAAAAGCUAACCGAGAGAAAAUGACGCAAAUUAUGUUUGAAACGUUUGCCAGUCCAGCUGUCUAUGUUGCCAUCCAAGCUGUGUUGUCAUUGUAUGCUUCCGGUCGUACGACUGGUAUCGUUUUGGAUUCUGGUGAUGGUGUCACUCACACCGUACCAAUCUACGAAGGUUAUGCAUUGCCACAUGCCAUCCUCCGUUUGGAUUUGGCCGGUCGCGAUCUUACCGAAUUUCUCAUGAAAAUCCUCACCGAACGUGGCUACUCAUUCACCACCACGGCUGAACGUGAAAUCGUUCGGGAUGUCAAGGAGAAAUUGUGCUACGUUGCAUUGGAAUACGAACAAGAAGUUGCAACAGCAGCCGCUUCAUCGUCAUCGGACAAGUCAUAUGAAUUGCCAGAUGGUCAAGUGAUUACCAUUGGUAACGAACGAUUCCGGGGACCGGAAGCUCUCUUCCAACCAGCCUUCCUCGGUAUGGAAUCGUGUGGCAUUCAUGAGACUGUCUACAAUUCAAUCAUGAAGUGUGACGUUGAUAUUCGUAAGGAUUUGUAUGCCAACACUGUACUUUCGGGCGGUUCAACUAUGUUCCCAGGUAUUGCUGAUCGUAUGCAAAAGGAAAUCACUGCUUUGGCUCCGUCAACAAUUAAAAUCAAGAUCAUUGCUCCACCUGAGCGUAAAUAUUCGGUUUGGAUCGGAGGUUCAAUUUUGUCAUCAUUGUCUACCUUCCAAACAAUGUGGAUCUCGAAGCAAGAGUAUGACGAAAGCGGCCCAUCAAUUGUUCACCGAAAAUGCUUCUAAUUUAAACACUUGUCUUUCUCUCUCUCUUUCUCUUUUUUAUAUUUGUUGAGUAUUAAAAGCAAGAAUUUGAAAAUCAAUCCACAA